AUGCAGUUCCUCACCCUCCUCUCCCUCGUCACCGCCGCCGCGGCCACGCAGAUCAACACCGGCUGCGGCAACAACUACGGCAAGGAGGUAUGCGCCGACGGCGGCGCCGGCAACCAGCGCGCGUACGUGGCCGUCUGCAACGACAAGCACAUCUGGGCCGUCCGCCAGGCCUGCGGCAACCGCUUCUGCUGCAAGGACAAGUCGGGCGGCGGCGCGUACUGCGCGUGCUAA